AUGCGGCUGCUGCUGGGGGCAGCGCUCCUGUGCCUCAGCCUGCGCCCGGGCCACAGCUCCGAGGAGGCAGCGCCCGACAGCCCCGGGCACCAGGACUCGCAGGCAGCGCCAUCCUAUUCCGACUGGGGCAUCGACACCAUCCGGGAUGGCUUUGAAGCGGUCAACAGCUACUUCGACUCCUUCUUGGAACUGCUCGGGGGGAAAAACGGUGUCUGCCAGUACCGCUGCCGAUACGGGAAGGCUCCCAUGCCACGGCCUCACUACAAACCGCAGGAACCCAAUGGCUGUAGCUCCCAUUUUCUGGGGCUCAAGGUACCUGAAAGUCUAGACCUGGGGAUCCCUGCCAUGACCAAGUGCUGUAACCAGCUGGAUGUUUGCUAUGACACCUGUGGGGCCAACAAGUACCGCUGCGACGCCAAGUUCCGCUGGUGCCUGCACUCCAUCUGCUCCGACCUCAAACGCAGCCUGGGCUUCGUCUCCAAGGUGCAAGCCUGUGAAUCCAUGGCAGACACGGUGUUCAACGCUGUCUGGACCCUGGGCUGCCGGCCCUUCAUGAACAGCCAGAGGAGCGCCUGCAUUUGCAGCGAGGAGGAGCGCGAUGAGCUGUGA